AUGGUCAUUUCGGGCCAGAACGUCGGUGGUGUUAUCUGGGCAGUUCUCGUGAACCAGCUGGUCAACUACAGUGGCGUCUCGUUGGGUUGGACCCUACGCAUCAUUGGCUUCAUGCAGCUAGCCUUGAUGGUGGCUGCAGUGAUCCUGAUUCAACCACCGUUCCCACGCGAAAUGCCACGCGAAUCCAUCAAAAUCAAGACCUACUUGACCGAUAAACGGACUUUGCUCUUCACUCUGGCAAGUUUCAUUAUGAACUUGGGCAUCUACAUCCACUAUACCUAUGUUUCGAUAUACGGCUAUCAAUAUGGACUCUCGGCGCGGAUGGCCUUCUAUCUUGCACCGAUACUGGACGCUGAAGCCUUUUUUGGGUGCUACGCUUUGGGUAUUGUGGCUGAUACUGGCUUCGGAUUUUUCGACUCCCUGAUCAUCACAGCCUUUGCUUUUGCAGUCCUAGGGGGAGGUCCCAUUGGUGGAAGACUCCUCGAGAAUGCGGGGGACACGAACUACGUGCCCAUGCAGGUAUUUACAGGUGUUUGCAUGGUCGUCUCAAGUUGCCUAUACCUUGUCACCCCACUGUGGGUAUCUCGAGACGUAAGAGAGAGUGUCUAG